AUGGGCAUAAUACGGUCAAAACACCAGAAGCUCAUUCUUCAAUGCUACCCGCCCGGAAAAGGCGUCGAAAAAAAACCCAAUCCGCUGGAGCUUUCGUACUUGUUGUACUACGCGCUGACCAGACGAGUGAAGUUGGAGAAGGUGAUCGAAUUCGUGAAACAAAAAACGAUCAAGGACGUGCGCGGCCGCAAGUCGGGCAAUUUGCAAGUGACAUUGCUUCUUGUUUCGGCGCUCAUCGAGAAAUGUGCCGAUAACUUGAACGUCUUUGCUAUGCAAGUAUGUGCCAUCUUGCAACAGAUACUCUCGCUAACGGAGCUUCCGUUGUGCAAAUCUCUUGUUUCUACAUACGGCGUCCUCUGCCGCAAAUUAGAUAAUGGCUUGUUCUCCGGUGACAAGCAGUUCGUAGACAUGUUCUCGUCUUUGACCCAGGAAAUGAUAUCCGUGGGGCAGGCUCAGCUGAGCAUCGAUUCAACGAAUAGUCGCGAGUGGCGUAUCUUUGCGUUGCUCACCUCGCGCCACGUGUUCAACUGCUUGGGCUUCAAUCUGUCUCUCAGUCUUAAGUUCGUGUCGUUGUGCGUGCCUUUGUUGGCUCGCGCCGUUUCCAAUACUUACACAAAGGAAAUGUUAUUGAGUCGUUUACAAGGGAACUUGAAUGUCGAGCAAGAGACAAUGCGCCCGCUCAUGCGCACUAUUACCGUCAAGUCUACGGCCACCACCAAGAAGGUUGAUGCUGGAGCAGAAGACGAAUCCUUGAACGACGACGAUUUGGGCGAGGAAGCUUUUACGGGGUUGAAUACCCUCUUCAAUACAUUGUCCUCCUCUCAGAUCUCCGAGGGCGUCAGGGCUAUCGAAAAUUUCUGUUUCAAGGAGAAGACCAUUGAAACACACUGGGGAACUACCUUUUUACAGACGUGUGCAUCUUUCAUCCCUGUCCAAUUGCGCUUCGUGGCGCUCACAACACUACUCAAUAAACUCAACAACAUCUCUGAUAACACGACAUCGGAGUCGAACCAAUUCGUGGAGUUGGAACACGUUGCUCGGUAUGUGUUGGCCUUGGUCUCUUCUGACUUCAACAUGAUCGGUUUGGCCACAUCUGAUGUUAUUUCGCAGUUUCUCAAUUUAGAAAAGCGCUUGUUUCUCGAAUUGUCCAAUAUUUUUGACGAGUCCCAGCUUGUUCGCUUGAGCUCUAUCUAUUCGAGAUGUAUCUGUGACCUUUCGAGUCACAUCUACUACUUCGAUCAAACAAGGGACUCUGUCGAAGAAAUUGUAGCACAUAUCGAUUCAACAUUGGAAGGUGCCAGCCAUGAAAACGCAUUGCAGGCAAAGCGCUUCGUGUUGAAUUUGCUCGAGACGAUCUACAUCAUUUUAGAGCGCCUUUCCAAGAAGGCAAAUGCAAUUGCAAGACACAGAGGUACCCUCGAAAACCUUGAUCUCAGUUUACAGCUCUUGACAGUCGCCGAAUCUUAUCCAAGUUUUACUUCCUCCGUGUCCUCCAGAGAUGUCACACAGAUUCAAUCUAAGUAUCUAGAAGUGGUCCUUUUCUAUUUGAAACGGGAGGUUGUAUUGAACAACGAACAAUCUGCUGAUUUGCAGAAUGAGGCUCCUUCACCGGAAGGCAAACUCUUAACACCAAAUUACAAUAACUACAUUGAAAACCAUGACAACAUCAUUGAGCAUAUCAUUCAUCAUGCCAAAAAUUACUACCGAGAGCCAUCCUUUAGUCUUGAAAAUGAGCAAAAGGUCGCAGAAACUUUGAAUACCGUGCUAGAAAUCACUGGUGUCAACUUUGUGCGCAACUUUAUUUUGUCUUUCGACCAGUGGCAGCUUAAGGACGCCAGUUCGUCACUCAGAGCACGCUGCAAAGACACCACUGCCUACCUGAUUCUUCUCUCCUCUUUAGCUGUGCUUGAUCAGCUGUAUGACACGGUAUUGUCAACACCACUUACGGAUCUGAGUUUGCGUGCUUCCAUAGAAUCCGACAUCAAAAUGCGGAAAAGCUCAGGCUUGUGGGUCUCAGGCUCACUGGAGCAUGAAAUGUCAGGAAAAAAUGGCCAGAAAUUGAGCAAUAAGGUGACCGAGUCAUCUAUUCUCGAUUUCUUCUCCACAACUGAGUUAGCACAGUGGAUUCAUAGCCCUAGUCAUCUGAGUAUGAGUCGUGGAGUAAGCAGGUCUGAGACAGUCAAGACCACUGAACCCACCGACGCGAAUGGAGGUGACUCGUCUAUUGACAAUUACUAUCUUGUGGCUCCACAUAGUGCCGAUAAUGGCCUAGGACUUGGUUCUGCAAAUGACAUCUCCUCCAUCUACUCGGGUCUCUUAAAUGGUCACUGUCAUCUUAAUGGCAACGGCCAUUUUUCGGCAGAAACCAGCCAUAUCACGCACAAUUCUGCUGGAACUAAUGACACAACGUUGGCAACAAAUCAAAAUCAAAAUCGCUCGAUGAUGGUUCCUCGAGUUCAAGAUUUGAGACACACAGUCAAUGGAGACGACAAUGACGAUCACUUCCUGUUCCAUGGACAAGGGCACGAGCCCACACCACGCGGCGUCGUACAGCGUCAAAUUCACACGAAAAAUAUCAAUUCGCUAUUGAACGGCCUCUAUAGUGCUGAUGAUGCGAAAGUUAUUGUUUAA